AUGCUCAACGAAACCCCCCGGACACAAGCAUCAGCUGACAUUGUCUGCUACUUCUUCUUCAAAGACGACAACGAAGAGCAGAAGAGUGCCAUCAAUGCUUUACGAGCUCUGCUUCAUCAAAUCUAUGUUGCCGAGAGGCAUCUUGUCAAACACGCCAUGGCCGAGCAUGACAAAAAGUCUGAAAGAUUUGUGGAGGAGCUGGGAACGUUGUGGAACAUCUUAAUUGCGACGGCAAAGGAUCGUCCUGCUGGUAACAUCGUGUGCAUCAUUGACGCCCUAGACGAAUGUGAAUUUCGCAGCCGGCACCAGCUCAUGGACUCAUUUGUUCGCUUUCACUCCGCGGAAACCACUCAGAACAGAGGUCUUAAAAUUUUGGUGACUGGCCGACCGUACCUCGAGAUCGAACGAGGCUUUGCAACACUUCCAGCGAUCAGAUUGAAAGCCGAACUCGAGCUGAAUACGAUUGAUCAUGACAUCGAACUUGUUGUUCGGAGCAAGAUCCGUCGCAUCGGCAGAAGCGGGAGUAUGUCUGAGCAAAUGCAAUGUGAACUGGAGACAAAUCUCUUGGCGUCGGCGGACCGGACAUUCCUCUGGGUGUCACUCAUUCUUGAGCUGCUCGAGCGCAGCCCGAGAGGCUCGAAACAUGCACUGCAGAACCUGAUUGAUACUUUACCGGAAGGUCUGGAUGCAGUGUACGAGAAGAUUCUUACCAAAGCGGCUCCUGAGGGACCCGACAGAGACUAUGUUACGAAGCUGCUUCAUCUGAUCCUUGGGGCUGCUAGGCCUCUCUCUCUAGAAGAGAUGAACAUCGCACUUGCAAUCAGCCCCAAGCAUAAGUCGGAAAGCGAUCUUGCGGAAGACUUGGAGCCGCAACUAGAUCAGGCUAUAAGAGGCCUCUCUGGACUCUUUGUAAGGAUCAUUGACGAUAGGAUAUAUCUCGUUCAUCAGACGGCGAAAGAAUUUUUAUUGAGCUCAUCCGGAUCUCAGGAGCAGGCUAUGGGAUGGAAACACUCCUUCGGACAACAAAACUCAGACCGCCUUUUAGCAGCAGCCUGCCUCCGGUAUCUCACGUUGUCCGACUUUGAAAACUCGGGCCCACUGUGUAUCAGCAUAGGAGAAUGGCCUUCAACCGCAGAAGAGAAGAAACGGCCGGAUGAACUGUUGAACGAAUAUCUCUCUUGGCACAAGUUCUUGGACUAUGCAGCGAGGAAUUGGGCUAGUCAUUUCCAAGCUACACAGCACGACAACGAGCUUACAAAACUUGCCCUAGUAAACUGUCGCACACAAACAAAAAGAUUUGAGACCUGGUUCGGCAUCUACUGGGGAGGGGGCCGAGGGGCUGUCCCCUGGCCCUGGCCCCCGCGUUGGACAGAUCUGCAUGUUGGGGCGUACCUCGGACUCGAGGCGGUGGUUGAGCUGCUGCUCAGGGAGGGGUUUGACGUCGAAAUCUUUGACUGUAAUGAACAAACCAUGAAGCGCCUAAGGAUGGGCUACAGGGUCCCAGUCAAGGCGGUACUUGAUGCGGGCGCUAGUACUGAAUUCAUGAAUGCCUGGGGACGGUCUACACUAUCGGCAACUUCAAAGAACGGGCUCGAGGCGGUGGUCAAGCUAUCACUGGAUAUGGGCGCUCAUCUGAAACCCGAGAAAGAGGAUGAUCAGACUCCGCUGUGCGUCGCUGCAGCAGGUGGGCAACAGGCGGUUGUUGCGCUACUACUCCGAAGAGGGCCCGACGUGAACACCGCCAAUAUCUAUAGUCGGACAUUAUUAAUGGAAGCAAUAGAGAGGGGGGACGAGGUACUGGUCCAGCUGCUGCUAGAGCUUAAGGACUCGUCUAAUCGGACUCCGUUGUACGUCGCUACAUUAUAUGGGCACCAGGCGGUCACUAAGCUACUACUUCAAAGAGGGGCCAAUGUGAACACCGUCAAUAUCCAUGGUCGGACACCAUUAAUGGAAGCAGCAAAGUGGGGGGACGAGGUGCCGGUCCAGCUGUUGCUUGAACAUGGGGCUGACCCAAACCCAAGCGAUGGAUAUGGUGACACUGCAUUAACGGAGGCGGCUGAACACGGUCACGACGCGAUAAUCCGGAUUUUGUUGGAAUAUGGCGCUAACCUGGAGGUCAAGAAUAUACAUGGUCGGACGCCGCAGUUGCUGGCUGCGGAACUCGGACGUAAGGAAACGGUCAAGCUACUGCUUGCGUAUGGGGCCGAUCCAGAUGCUGAAGAUAACCAUCUUAUAACGCCGCUAUCCUGUGCAGCGGCAGCGGGGCACGAGGAAGUGGCCAAACUGCUACUCGCGAAAGGGGCUCGCAUAAACUCCUGUGAUAGAGACAUGCGGACGCCGCUUUCGUGGGCGGCGGAAAACGGGCGGAAGGGAAUGGUCCAGCUACUGCUCGCGAAGAGCGCCGACCCGAACGCUAAAGAUAGGGAGGAUAAGACGCCGCUGAUGCGGGCACAGGAGCCUGGUCGUUGGGGGCGACGAGACGAGGCGGUGGUAACACUACUGCAAUCAUGCAGCGAGGCGCAAUCGACCAAGAUUGGGGCUGAACCUAGUCGGAUGGCCGAGUCGUGCACCAAUAAGGCUGUAGUCGAGCUCCGAGUUGAAGGAAGGCUGUAA